UCAUGGCGACACAUUCAACAUCAACACAACUUCUCAGAAUAGUCGCACCCGUCUUCUACUGCAACUCUUGGAAGCUCGCAAACGCGAACAAAUACCUACAGAUUUAGCAGAAAGAUAAAUAUACUUUUUAAUACUGAUUUUGCAUCUUUUCAUCUGCAGUUUGCUCCCUAGAUUCAGCAUCAAGAUUUUUAGAUAUGUGUCGGCAGUGUUAGUGAUAGUGUUACAUUCCUGAGAGUCGGUGAGAAGCUGAGGCUGAGAACCGGGCCGGUGCCUCCUCGAAUUUCUCAAUCGUAUGUGGCCGAGGAAGACGCAGAGCACCAGAACCUGCGAUCCCCUAUAUUUUUUGUUUGAGAUACUUCAACUUGCGCUACUUGAAUAACAAUAAUUGGAUUUCACAGAGGCAUCAUUCAGUCCUCUUGGCAAUGAACACUUCAACCUCCAACAACAACGUCACACAUGAGUGCCAUGGUGUUGGCCAGCACAGGAUUUGAUUUUACUGUAGUUUGCAGGGACCUAGUUACAUCAAACUGUUAACUUCUAACACAAGUUCUGCUAUUGCUCUCUCUGUUAUUUGUCAAAGUAGAACAACAUUUUUCACAGCUUCAAGAAGUGCAGAGAGGUAACAGUCUGACUUUCCAUUCCUUCAUACCGGGAACAUUGGUGAUUCUCAAAUUCAAGCAGUUCAGACUUUACCUUUAAAAAUCAGUUGCUUUAAAAAUUAAAGAUGUAGGCUCAUUUCCUUUGCUGCCAAGUGUCAGACAAAAUUUUAGCCUUCAGCAAAGGAUGGAAGAGACAUCUGUCCCUGGUAUUGGGUCACUGUAUUCUGAUUUUUCAAAAAGUCUGAGUGAAGCUCUUGUUUUUCUAUUCCGUCUUGCGUGGGUGUCACGAAUACGGCUCCCAGCAUAUCUUACAUUUCUGUUUUUGGCAGCAGAUGUAAGACUAAGUGUGGAAAUAAGAGUUGGUGAGGAAAGGGCUGUUCACUUUGAUGAUAUUGAUCUGGACGAUCUCGAUAUAGAAGUUGAUGACCCCAAUGAUGCAGAUGAUACUGUAGAUGUUGUAAACAAUGAUGAUGAUGUAAACACUAUUGAUGCGGUAAAUGCUAGUGAUACCGUAAACACUGAUGAUGUUGUAAAUUAACUCUGAUGAUAAUAAUACUUCAAAUGCUGAUGAGCAUACUGUUGGUUUUGCUCAACAAGAAUCUUUAACAAGGACGAGAAAAAGAAAAGUUUGAAAUUUGGAAAUCAUACUUUUUUCUUUUGUUUUAUGGAACUAACAUUGAAUUCAGUGGGAAGCUAAUUUUGUGAGUGUUUUUGUGAGACUGAAGUGAAAAAGGUUUAGCUCUUUAACAAGACAAUGAGUAGAGGUAUAAAGGAUUUGAGAGACCUGAUCUGUGUCUCUCGGUUGACUUUCCAUGAGAGUGAAGAGGAGUAUAUCUCAGAUAAUGAAAGAAGGUUGUCAAGAGAGAUCAGUUCGCUGAGCUUAACAAGCAAUUUAGAAAGUCCCUGCACAACAAAUGGACUUCCCAGUGCGAGAGUUGUAUCUCCAGACUCUGGUUUCGUCACAAAUGGCUCCCCAUCUGUUGGCCUUUCGAAUUCACUCACAGCCUCGGCUGACUGCUUCCUCAGUGGAGAUGGUGUCUUUGUCACGGAUCUAGGGGAAGGAGAUGGCACACCCAGGGUGAAAACUUUGCCAGCUGGGACUGCAUCUUUUACGAGAUCUCAGAAAAAGAAGAGAAGGAAAAGAGGUGCUCUUCCAACAGAGCCAACUCGUCAUGAGUUACCACGCUCUCAGCCGUUGCCUCCAGUCUCUAAGAUUCCAGGCUCUCCUGUGGUGUCUGAACACGAGAUUUUUUCCACUAGUUCUAUUGAACGUGUGAAAAGUGCUGCAUCAAGUAGGCCCAAAGUGAGAGUCAACUUCGAUGAUAUGCUGACAUUCAUGGAUGCCACGAUUGUUGCAAACUGGCUCACACGAUCAAAUGAUUCCCUUCAUGAAUUGACAGUGUUUUGUGAAAAAGGUGAUAAUUUUGUGAGAUUUGCUCACUUCUGGCUGAAUGAUUUCCCUGAUCUUCAGAAACGAGAUAUUUUUUCCAUGGAGUAUGAUUUCCUCCUUGAGGAAAUGACACUUGCAUUUGCUGUAGGAAGGGAAAGUGGGGCAGUUGUAAGACGUGACUUAUUGGACAUGUGUGGGGCUGUGUUUAAAGAGUAUCCCGUGACACUGUUAGGAGCUAAGGGUCCUCAUUUAUUUCUCAAUUACCUGGACAUAUUAGCCUCUGAAAAGCACGAGCAGUAUAGAGUAUUGCUUGCAGAUGUAAGGUGCUCCACAUCCAACCGUCAGUAUGCACAGUGGCUCCUGGCAACCCGUUCCUUUGCUCUGGUGAAUGUCUGGUCAUCCAUCAUAAACUUUUACCGGAAUCUUAUUGGUGAUGGUGCAAGUCAAGGUUUACCGAUUCAUGAGCUGUGUUCUUCAGAUGAAAAUGUGCAGCAUAGACGGAUGUUGCAGGCCAUCAGGUUGGGCUACAUUAGUGUGAUUCAUUACCUGAUUGUCAAUAAACACGUGAAUCCAAGUCACUCGGAUUCUCAUCGUCGCUCGUUGAUCUUCUCUGCUGUGAUGCACAACCAACCAAAUGUCUUGAAAUAUUUGGUAAACAGGGUUCACCCAGCUAUAGAGAUUAACCUGCCAGCUGACACGGGGAAUACUGCCCUUCAUGCUGCAGCUAAUAGUGGCAAUUUGGUGAUGGUAGAAAUUCUGUGUGGAUGUGAAGGCUUGGACCUGAACUGUGUCAACCCCCAGUGUGAAAGAGCUACGCCUUUGCAUCUUGCCGCCAUGCAUG